UGUUUGAACUUUGUUUUCCAAUUGAAUUUCCACACUUCAAUAGACGGACAGACUCACAGUCGCAGUUGUGAAUCUGACUCUCUAAUUCUGAGAUGAUCAGAAGACCCAUUUCUCUCGGACGAAUCCCCCUCAGGUCUCUCACGCAAACCCUAACUUCUUCACUCUGUUCAAACCCACGACAAUCACCAUUUCCUUCUACUCCUCAAGCUCUAUCUUCCCCGUCAUUCCGCAUUCUCAUCUCGCGUUACUCGUACUCCUCGAAGCAGAACAAGGAGGAAGCAAACGACCUCGUCUCACUCUUCAACAGGGAUACCAUAACCCCUCCCAAGCUCUUCGUUGUCCAGCCCCGCCUUCGCCCUGAUACCUUCUUGCAGGCUAAGCUCAACGAAGCUCUCUGCCUCGCCAACUCUCUCGAGGAACAGCGAGAUGGAUACUUCGACAUCGAUUUCUUCGAAAAGGCCUUGCCCUCACAUGUUGUUGUUCAAAACCCAGCUGCCAAAGCUCACAUGGCUCGCGCAGACACAUAUUUUGGGCCAGGGACAGUUGAGACUAUCAAAUGCAGUCUAUAUGCUGCUGAAUCAAAGGGUGAAGUGGAUGCUGUUUUUGUAAAUACGAUACUCUCUGGGGUUCAGCAACGGAAUUUGGAGCGAGCAUGGGACAGACCUGUACUAGAUCGUGUGGGUCUUAUAAUAGAGAUAUUUAAUGGUCAUGCUUUUAUAAAGGAGGCAAAGUUACAGGCUGAAUUAGCAGCUCUAACAUACCAGAAAACAAGUCUUGUUCACGUACAUGGCCUAGAUGGACGCUACACUUUUGGAGCAACUGAAGAAGCUGAAGUUGUUAGUGCCUGCGGGAACCACUUUUUUGCUGAAUGGAGUUACAUUGCAGGAGAGGAAGUGGGGGGCGUGGCUUUAUUAGUGGUGCAGGAGAAACAGAACUUCAGCUUCAAAGACGAAGGUUCGCUUCAUAAUACUAAUGCCUCAACUAUAUACUGCUUCCUCAUUGGUCUUUAUAACAGGGAAAAUCCACAUUGCUUGUUUGCGACAGUUGAUCCUAGGUUAAGAAGUGUUAUUCUUCCUUCAGUGGCUGUAAAGCUCUCGCCUUUAGCUAUUUCCAAGAGAAUCCCCAAUCGGGUCAAUCUAAAUGCAUUCUUUUCUUCAGUUUCCUGCGCUAAUGGCAUCGAUAUUUUCCUGGUAAACAAUCAGAACCUACCCACCUCGUCUGCUUUUGAACUAAAUGUCCAGUUUUUAAGGAAUAAGAUUUCACCGGAUAACUUGAUCAGAGUUUUGGACAAUACCAGUGAUGUAAACUCAGCAAUGAGGUUAUUCAAAUGGGCGACCCUCCAAAAGCCGUUCUCCCACACUGCCGAUACUUAUUAUCGGAUAAUUCUGAAGUUAGGUAUGGCUGGAAAUGUUAAGGAGAUGGAGGAGCUUUGUCAGAAUAUGGUCAAAGAUAGAUGCCCAGGUUGUGAGGAGGCUCUUGUGGCAUUGGUUGGUACCUUUGUUAGGCGUUGUAGGCUAAAUGAAGCAGUACGGGUUGUUCUUAAUAUGAAUUUUGGUGGUCACAAGCCUGUGAUAGAUGCAUUUAACGCUGUAUUGGGUGCUCUAGUGGAGGGGAAGAGAGACCUUCAUGAUGUGAUGUUUGUUUAUAAGGAAAUGGUGAAGGCAGGAAUGGUACCUACGAUUGAUACAUUAAACUGUUUGCUGGAAGCUUUGUUUGAGGCCAAUAAGAUUGAGUCUGCUUUGGAUCAGUUUAGGAGAAUGAACAAGAAAGGGUGCAAUCCUAAUGUGAGGACCUUUGAGAUAGUCAUAAAGGGUCUUGUUGAGAAAAGCCGGGUGGAUGAAGCUGUUAUUGUUUUAGGUGAAAUGUUUGAACUCGGCAGUCAGCCUGAUUUGAGUUUCUAUUCCUGCACAAUACCUUUAUUUUGUAGGGAAAAUAAGCCUGAAGAAGGGAUUAGGUUGUUUCGAUUGAUGAGAGCUUCUAAGUUUGUUCCGGAUUCAUUCAUCUGCGAGGCCUUGAUGCAGUGUUUGUGUGAGAACCUUGGGCUGGAUGAUGCAAUGAUCAUUUCCAAAGAGUUGAUAGAAAGUGAUAUAAACCUGUCUGCUAAUGUACUUGUGGAUAUGAUAGAUGGUUUUUGUAAAUUAGGGAAAAUAAAUGAAGCAAUAAAGUUCUUGGAAGGCAAAUAUGCUUUUGAAACUUCACCACACAAUGCAUUGCUCAAUGGUUGCUGCAAUGCCGGUAAAUUUUCUGUGGCAAAAGGUCUGAUUGAGAAAAUGUCUGAGAGGAACAUGGCCAACUGCGAUUCUUGGAAUAUUCUGAUCAGGUGGCUUAGCGAGAAUGCAGGGAUUGGAAAAGUAUAUGAAGUUCUCGGAAAAAUGGUAGUAUCUUCAUGUGUUCCUGACUGUACCACGUACCUGGCUCUAGUUAUUGGCAAUUGUAGAUGGAACAAGUAUGAUGAUGCUCUGAAGCUAUUUAGUGAGAUUCGUGCGAAAUGCUGGGUUUUGGAUUCUGUAUCUUAUUCUAAACUAGUUGAAGGGCUUUGCAGGGUUGAAAGGACUCUAGAGGCUACUGAAGUGUUUUGCUAUAUGUCUGGUAAAAGAUGCUCUCUUCAAUCUUCUUCCUUUGAUGUGUUGAUCAAGGGUAUUUGUUCCACAGGAAAGGUCAGUCAAGCAAUAAAGUUACGACAGAUGGCUUAUUAUUCUGGUACUCCUUGUAAUACUGCAACUCACAGCGCCAUUAUGCUCGAGUUGUUUAAGCUAGGGAAGGCAAAAGAUGUGUUAGUGGCACUCUCACAAAUGCUGGUAGAGGGCUGCAGUCUUGAUCUGGAAAUAUAUAGCACCCUCAUACAAAGCAUGAGUUCACUGAAUCAAAUAAAAGAUUGUGUGUUGUUUUUUAAUAUGAUGGUCAAUGAGGGUUUGGUACCUGAUUCUGAUUGUCUAUUUGAUCUACUUUUGUGUAUAGCCAACCAUUCUCAGCUGUGUAUGGUUUCAAGUGCAAUUGAUAAACUUAUUUCUAAGUCUGCAAUUCUAAAUCCAGAAAUUUACAACAUGCUGAUUAAUGGCUUCUUGAAGGAGGGCAAUAAACAUGAAGCAUGUCGAUUAUUGGAUUUGAUGUUGGAAAAAGGUUGGGUCCCAGAUGCUUCCACUCAUGGAUUGCUGAUUGGAUCUGUAAUUAGAGAGGAAACAGAAAAGGGGGCAUUUGCCUAUGAUAAUUCCGCUGUACAAGAUACUGUUAGUAACAUACUUGCAGAGGGUUUAGGACAAAUGUGAUGCACCCACUUUUACAAGAAUAGAGUUUGGAUCAGCUGAGGGCUUAGUUUCCCUGUGAAUUAUACUCUUCCACAACUUCAAAAUUAUGGAUUCUCUCAAAUUUGUCAACAAAAUGAGGGAUUGAAACAGCUUUCAGACGGUUUUGUGGCUAUGGCAGCGCUGUUCUUUCCCUGCAUGUGAUCGAUGACAUUCCAGAUGACUUGCUUCUUUGCUGUAAUUAUUGUAUUGACUAGAAGUAUCAAUCACUGACUGAGUUUUUGGGGGCGCCUGUCAACACUGAGAAGAGUGGCAUUUUUAGUUUGUAAAGGAGGAUCAAAUUCGCAACAGCUCAUGAAUUUUUGAGGUUUGAGAUGCAAACCUAAUAGAGCUAUGACGGAAUCUCCUUUUACAGCCAAGCUAUGGGUCACAGUUUUGCAAACUCAAAUCAACAAGAGUAUGUUGCAAUUUCCGGCUCAAUACCAAUUGGCAAACUACUGCUAUAUUGUUCUUCAGCCGUGGAAGGUGAUAAAAGAAGUACAGUUUUAUUUUGAACAGGUGUAGACGGUACUAAAAGCAUGAGCUAGCUUUUCCGGGGAAGCUCUUUGAAAUCUUGGGUGGAAGGCUACUCAAGAAUUGGGUAUUAAGAGAUGUAUUUGAUGCACAGCUUCUUCUACUUCAACCCCAUGGUGGGUGAGGAAUUGGUGUUCAGAGUACUGAUCGGUGGUAGCAAUUUGAGAGACACGGCCGGGGUGUGGAUUUGGUGCAGCGAUUCAAGCAGUGCUGCACGCAUAUGUGACUGGCUUGCAAGUUUGUUGUUAAAAUUCCUCUAAAAAUAAGUCUGUUGAAUUCUGGAGGAAAUGAAUCAAAGAAAUUUUGAUGAUCAUGAGCGGAGAAUGGACAAUCAAUGAAAUUUAAAGUUUUUUCUUCAA